UUUUGGGAUAAAUAAGUAUUGUUAGCUAGGUACGGCGGAUUCUGAAUGAGCUGCGAUAGCGUGCAGUAUUAGCAUUAAAUAAAUUAAAAUGUUAAUAUAACGUAAGGCAGUGGCAGUGUUGUAUGUGUGCCUCGUUCCGGAGCCGUAACCUGCAAUCUUCGGGAUGGAGUCAUAUGCAGCGACCUGUUGUCAAGAAAAACAGAAAGAAAUACGUUUUAGCAUAAUGCUAGUCGUCUAGCCUAAUAUAGCCUAAGUUUAUUAGCGAAAGUGAAAAGAUGUGCGCUAUGUAAUGUCAAAUCAAUCGACCCGCCAGCUUUCCCUCACCGUUUUCUCGCUGUCCAAACGGUGACAGCUAAGCUCGCUAACUGGCUAGCCGAGGUCCUGUUUACCAUCAUGGACAGGGAGGCGUACCGUAACUGCUGCAGCCUGGUCAAAAUACCAAGACAGUCCUAUGAACAGUUCUGGUCUUCGCAUUUUGUAGAUUACAUCGACAAGGAGCUGAGCUAUUCUAAGUUUUUCAAGAAAUACUUGCUUCCCAAUCACCCGUGUAUGUUUUCAAGAAGGUUUACAGAGGACUGGAAGUGUAGAAAGCAGUGGGUGUCUGAGGAGGGGAAGCCUAAUUUCCAGAAGCUGCUGCAAGAGUUUGAGGAGACUCCUGUUCCUGUUGCAAACUGCAAUGCAAAGGAGUACAAUGCUAACCCUAAACAGGUGAUGCCUUUCAAAGAGUUUAUACACUACUGGAAGGAAUACAUUCAAAAUGGCCACUCGUCGCCCAAAGGAUGUCUCUAUCUCAAAGACUGGCACAUGUCAAGGGACUUUCCAGAACACAAUGUUUACACCACACCGGUCUUCUUUUCUUCUGACUGGCUUAAUGAAUACUGGGAUACUCUUGAGGUGGAUGACUACCGGUUUGUCUACAUGGGACCCAAAGGCUCAUGGACCCCGUUCCACGCUGACGUGUUCCGCUCCUACAGCUGGUCUGCAAACAUCUGUGGCAGGAAGAAGUGGCUCCUGUAUCCUCCGGGUCAGGAGGAGUUUUUACGAGACACUCACGGCAACCUCCCUUACGAUGUGACGUCAGCUGAACUUCGAGACACGGGCCUUUUCCCACACUCUGAAGAAGUCUGUCAACCUCUUGAAAUUAUUCAAGAGGCAGGUGAAAUUAUUUUUGUGCCCAGUGGCUGGCACCAUCAAGUUUAUAAUCUGGAGGACACCAUUUCUAUUAAUCAUAACUGGUUGAAUGGCUGCAACAUAGACAUCAUGUGGCAGUUCCUCCAGAAUGAGCUAUCGUCCGUUCAAAAAGAGAUAAAUGAGUGGAGAAACACUAUGGACUCUUGGCAUCAGCACUGCCAGGUCAUCAUGAAGGCCUGCUCUGGUAUCAACUAUGGGGAGUUUGCCUCGUUCCUGAAAAUCCUUGCUGACAACCGAAUGGCUUUCCUGAAUGCUUGUUCCUCUGGGGAUUCCUCUGAAUACCCACGACAUCUCUCAGAGACCCUCACCACACUUGGACCUUACCAUGCUGCCUUUGACCUACAAAGGGUGGCUCACAUAAUUGAGUGCCUACUCUGCAAUGAAGACUUUAAGCGACUCGAUCAUUCAGCUUUGACUUUGCAGCCAGAAACCAUGUUACAGCAAAUCCGGGACACCAUACAAUCCACAAGAGGGCAGCAUCUCCUUUAUCAGGAAUAAGAUGUUCAGUGGUGUCCCAACAAUAUUAAUAAUCACCUGGAAAUAGCUUGAAUGAAAAGUGCCAAUUUGUACCGUUAGAAAAAAAGAUGAUGAUAAAGGUGUUAUUAUGCCUUUGGUCUGAGUUGAACUGCAGUCUCAAAUGUUGCUUGUGAAUGUUUGGAAUUUGUUUUUGCACUGAACGAUAAAGUGGAUGAAUAAAAAAAAAGAAAAAUA